UCUGUAUGGUGGUACUUGGAGAGACAAUUGUUUUCUGAGGUGGUACUUGAUGAAGUGGGUAAGAAAUGUUUGCAUCAGUUUCCGCCAGUGGUGGCGCUCGAGCAACGGAAACAAAGACGAACAUCCGAGUCUAAGAGAAGAAGAAGAGCGCGGAAAGAAUGUAAACAUUAGAAGGAAAACAUCCGUUCAUGCGGCUCUAAAUAUACUGCCUUUAUCACACUAAGUGCAUUCACUUUAUUAAUUAUAAGGAGAGAUCUUUAAAAAUAACCAGUGGAUUAAAACGCUACCAGACCGAGUGGAUAACGAUUACGAUUCCUCAAAUCACGGAUUCUGUCAGCUGGUAAAUAAACCCAUGUUGUAGGUUUGGUCAAACAGGAGGAAUUACUGCAGGAGAAUCAACUGACAUACUAUAGUAAUGAUGGAGACUGAGGAGGAAACCUGCAGAAUAAAAGAUGAAGAGACAGAAGAACGAAUAGUAAAGUUUGAGUUAAAGAAAGAGCCCUGCGGAAUAAAACAUGAAGAUACGGAGGAACAAAUAGUGAAGGUGGAGGUUUCGGAUGAACACUGCAGGAUAAAAGAUGAAGAGACAGAGGAACAAAUAGGCCUUGCGGAAGCGGAUGAACGCAAACCGCCUCAUCGUUUCGCAGAUGAAGAUGGAAAUGCAGCCAAUUCCCAGCCUGAACAGAAUCAAGACACUAAAGUUAAAAGGACGUUCAUCUGCUCGGAGUGUGGGAGGAGUUACAUGCAUAAAUCCACUCUUAAAGCACACAUGAAAGUUCACACUGAGGAAAAACAGUUUGCAUGCGCUCAUUGUGAAAACAGCUACAUGACUAAAUCCGAGCUCAGCAUCCACAUGAAAGUUCACAACGGGGAAAAGCAGUUUGCGUGCUCUCACUGCGAAAAGACCUACAAGUACAAAUCAGUGCUCAGCAGACACAUGAGAGUUCACACUGGAGAGAAACCGCACGUGUGCUCAGACUGCGGGAAGACUUUUAGUUCGACGAGUAAUUUAAAUACACACCGGAGGAUUCACACUGGAGAGAGACCCUACACGUGCUCACAAUGUGGAAAGAGUUUCACCAGCUCGUCAACGUUGAAAGUUCAUCAGAAAGUUCACACUGGAGAGAAGCCGUAUCAGUGUUCGCACUGUGGGAUGUGUUUCUCCUAUCCGUCAACGCUGAAAGUUCAUGAGAGAAUUCAUACGGGAGAAAAGCCGUAUCGUUGCUCCUCAUGUGGGAUGAGUUUUGCUCUUUUUCACAGUCUACAAAGUCAUGAGAAGAAACAUUGCCUAGGUUAUGCCAUUGAGCAGACUUAAAGCUGCAGUAGGUGAUCGUCUUCAGAAACGUGUGUUGUUGUGCUGGUUGAAAGUCUCUUCAUAUUCCAAUAAUGAUGAUUAAAGUAAAUGAUCUAAAUGUGCUUAUAUAUUCUGGGUAAGGCAUAAGACUAAAACAGUUCAUCCAAUUAAAUAUUGUCAGCCCGAUAAUUCCCAUAAUUCUGAUAAGUAGCGCAAUCUGUCUGACAACUAGUGAAGUUUCACAAACUAGUACAUAUGCACAAGAUGCGCAGCACCUGAAACUACCGAUACUGGAAGCCUGUGCUGGCAUUUCUCCUGCGGUGUUGCUAUCAGUGUGUGAAGAGUGGGAGAAGAGGAUUGCAUUGACAAUCCAACACAAUGGGCAGCACACUGAACACAUUUUAUAAGAGGUCAAAAACUUGUAAAUAACUCAUGAAGGAAUAAUAUUAUGUUAAAACCAAGCACACCAUUGUUUUUCUGGUGAAAUUUCCAAUGGGUUUAAUGUGUCACAUGACCCUCUUCCUAUUGAAAAAAACAAAAGUUGGAUCCAAGAUGGCCGACUUCAAUAUGGCCCCCAUGGUCACCACCCAUCUUAAAAAGUUUGCCCCCUCACAUA